AUGUCGUUUGGGCUCAAAAACGCAGGCGCCACCUACCAGAGGGUCGUGAACAAGAUGUUUGCCGCUCAAAUCGGGCGGAACGUCGAAGUCUAUGUCGACGACAUGAUCAUGAAAAGUCGCAUGGCGACAGACCACCUGACCGACUUGGCCGAGACAUUCUCCACGCUCCGGAGUUAUAGCUUGCGGCUAAACCCGGCAAAGUGCGUUUUCGGCGUCAGUUCGGGAAGGUUCCUCGGAUUCAUCGUGCAUGAAAGAGGAAUCGACGUGAAUCCAAAAAAGGUUCAGGCGGUCAUCAACAUGCAGGCCCCUCGAACAAUCAAGGACUUGCAGCGACUAAACGGACGGCUUACUGCCUUAUCCCGGUUUCUAUCUCGGUCUGGUGAUCGUUGCCUCCCCUUCUUCCGGGCGUUAAAGAAUCCCAAGGACUUCCGGUGGACGGCGCAGUGUGAAGAGGCUUUUGGACAAGUCAAGCGGCACCUGGCCAACCUCCCCCGCCUUGCUUUGGUUACUCUCGAGGAAAAGCUCAGCGUUUACUUGGCCACCUCCCAACACGCGGUCAGCUCCGUCCUAACCAAAGAAGCUUCCGGGGAACAACUACCGGUCUACUACAUCAACCACGUCCUGAACGGACCCAAGGAGCGGUAUCCGCCACUCGAAAAGCUCGCUUUGGCGCUCGUGCUGCCGCUACGGCAGGUUUUGUCUAAGUUUGAUGUCGCAGGACGGCUCGUCAAGUGGUCGGUAGAGCUUGGAGAAUUCGACAUACGUUAUGUUCCGAGGACUGCUAUCAAAGCCCAGUCCGUGGCCGACUUCAUCGCGGAACUGGUUGAAGACGGGAAUGGAAGCCCCGAGCAGUCAGAGGGGGCAUGGGACCUGCACGUGGAUGGCUCGGCUACCUCCAGCAGCGCCGGCACAGGGUUGGUACUCUCGGCCCCCGACGGACACUCGUUCGAACGCUCCUUCUGCUUCGGGUUCCGGGCAACCAACAAUGAAGCCGAAUACGAGGCGCUCCUAGCAGGACUCAAGCUGGCCCUUGAAAUGCAGGUGGACGCCAUCCACGUCUUCACUGACUCGCAGCUCGUCGCCGAGCAACUUAGCGGUGGGUACGAAGCCACGGAACCGACCAUGGCAAGGUACUUGGCAGAGGUAAAAAGCCUAGCCUCCAACUUCUCCCACUUCACGUUAUCCAGGGUGCCAAGGAGUCAAAAUGAACGAGCCGACGAGUUGGCGAAGAUGGCUUCAGGACCAGACCACGGAAACUACUCCGAGGUUAAAGAUCUCCCAUUCCGCGCCAUCUCAGUUUCGGCUGUAACUCCGGCCGAAGCGCGCGCCACGUGGGUACAGGAGAUGUUGCUCUUCAAAUGCAAUGGGAUUCUUCCCGACGACGAAGCCGCAGUGCGCCGCAUUCACCGAACGCAAGCAUGGUUUUCCGAGGUGAACGGACGACUCUACAAACAAUCCUUCUCACAGCCCCUACUGCGAUGCCUCGAGCCUGACGAAGCGAAGGCAGUCCUCGCCGAGGUCCACAAGGGGAUCUGCGGGGAGCAUAUUGUUGCUCGGACCUUGGCCUACAAAAUCCUUCGUCAAGGAUACUACUGGCCCACCAUGUCCCGAGACGCCAGAAUCUAUGUGCGAUGGUGUGUGCCCUGCCAGAGGCACGCCCGAACGCCCAGGCAGCCGACAGUCCCCUUGUCCCCCAUCGACUGUGCGUGGUCGUUCGCGCAAUGGGGAUUGGACCUCUUCAGCCCUUUUCCACCGGCGUCGGGACAAUGA